GAACUUUAUUCACUCCAUGAACCCCAACAUGCGCGCCGGCGCUGGCGUUGACUACUCCACCCCGUGGGCCAAUGUUCCGCCGGGCUUCCCCUACCACGGCGCCGAGUUCGGUCUCGGCAGCGGCCACGGCGGAUGGGGAGCCUACGGCGGCUGGGGCGAACCCCGCCUCCGCCGUACCACCUGCCCGGAGACUUGCAGCAGUGGCUGAACCAGUUCGCCGGUCACCCCCUCGCCCAGCAGAUCCGCGAGUGGGCUUCCCGCUUCGGCGUCAACACCACCGGUCCCGGCCCCCGCUCCCGCGGCCACGGCCCCGACUUCGCCGACGACGAGUCCUCUUUCACGCCGCCCGCCGACAUCUUCGCCACGGAAAAGGCCUACGUCCUGCACUUCGCGCUCCCCGGCGCUAAGAAGGACGACAUCGGCGUCGACUGGAACGCCGAGAAGGGCGAGCUCCGCGUCGCCGGCGUGGUCUACCGCCCCGGCGACGAGGACUUCCUCGCGACCAUGACGUCGAGCGAGCGCAGGAUCGGAAUGUUCAGCCGCUCCGUGCCCCUGCCGCCCGCCGGCUCCGCCAGGGAGGAGAUUGACGCGCCCUCCAUCACGGCCAAGAUGGAGGACGGCAUCCUCAUCGUCACUGUCCCCAAGGUGGAAAAGGAGUGGACCGAGAUCCACAAGGUCGACAUCAAGUAAACGAUGCGCCGCGGCAUUUUUCAGUGCUUUGCUUUUUCAUUUUUGUUUUUUGGUGUCGGACGGUUUUGCAAAUUGCAAGGUCAGGUAUUUGGAUGAUGGUGGUAAAUUAUGGGGAGUUGCCGUUUAGGAGUUUUAUUAGGUAGAUGGAGAAAGACAGCCGUUUUGCAUUCAAUAUUCAUGCGAGUCCAUUAGAUGUGAUAAACCACC